CGUGAACAAUAGGCCCUCAGCCUCAAGUCCAGCCAGGGUGCACGGGUAGGGGGUCGAGCUGCGCAAGGCUGCCCACGACGCUGUGACUCUGGUGAUUCUGGUGAGUAUAUGAAGGUAAUGUAGGCUCGCCAUUUACUCAGUGUGCGGCAUUCACUCUUUCGCUGUCCAGCUCCAAGUCAAUCGCUAUCGUCAAGACACCUCCACUCUUUAGGUGCUCAUCUCGUUAUAUUUAUAGCUAAUACUCUAAUAAUAAUGUUCACCCGCUCUCUCAUCCUCCUGGCUUCGGCCGGCGCAGCCGUCGCCCAAUUGGCGCCCGAGUGCGAGCAAGUCACGGAUGUGACUGCUCUUCUCCAGGCCGACGACGGCAGGGCGUACUGCUCGUCCAUCCUCAGCGUCGGCACGACUACUGAGACUGUCGUCGAGUCAACUACGACCACCGAGACAGCUACCAUCACCACGCCGACCGAGGUCACGCUCAGCUUCACCACGACGCAGACCGACACCAUCAGUGAAGGCACCGCGACCGAGACUGCUCCCACUGCCACCGAGACCGAGACUAUCUCGGAGUCCACGACUGUCUACUCGUGCACCACCGCGCUCAAGCGCCGUGACUACGGAGAGGCGCAGUCGACUUCCUGCACCAAGAGCAAGACGUCCAGCACCCCGACACCGACCUCUACUCCGUGCACCAAGAGCAAGGCCAUCGUUACUCCUACGCCAGUCAAGACCUCCACUUCUUGCACCACGGGCAAGCAGCACCCUACCUCUGUCGCCGCCUAUGGCGCUGGCCAGCCGUCUGCUCACCAGCACGGCGCUGCUCCAAGCGCUCAGGACGGCUACUACGCCCCUGGUUCUUCCCAGGGCGCUUACCCUUCGCACCCGGCCGUUUCGAGCGCUCAGGAUGGCUACUACAGUUCUGGCUCUUCCCAGGCUGCCUAUCCUUCGCACCCAGCUACCUCGAGCGCUCAAGAGGGCUACUACGGCUCCGGCUCUUCCCAGGCUGCCUACCCCUCGCACCCGGCGGUCUCAAGUACUGAGGAGGGCUACUACGGCUCCGGUCCCUCGAAGGCUGCUUAUCCCUCCCACGAGGCUAGUGCUGGAUACUCUAUGCCCUACCAGUCUGGAUCUGCCCCCAAGCCCUACCCUUCGGCUGCGAGCGGUUACUACCAGAACUCUAGUUCUGCUGCGUACGCUGCUUCGACUGGAGCCAUUCACUCCUCUGCCUACUACAACUCGUACCCGGAGUCCAGCUCGGCGGCUUAUCCUGUCACCUCGAGCAUCUACGAGCAGAUCAGCUCUCUGCUCAGCUCUUACGCCAGUUACCCAACUGCUUCGAGCUCAGCUGAUAUCCCUGAGAUCUCUAGCUUCUCCUCUUACUACUCGAGCGAGAUCGUCAGCUCUUCUGAGAUCGUCAGCUCUUAUUCCAGCGAGAUCAUCACCUCCUCCGAGAUCUCAUCGGAGAUUAUCACGCCCUCUCCUACUCCCACCCCCACUCCUGUCCCGUCCUGCGAUGCGGCACCUACUGCUGUCCAGACCGGCUAUGAGUGUGAUGCCAUCUCCACUGCUUGUGGUUGCUUGGGUCUGACAUCUGCCAACGCUCAGGCUACCAGCACUAGCACCAUUACUGAGGUUGCCUACAUUACUGAGGCGAUGCUCAUCACCACCAGCACUCAACUGACCGAGACUGUCUUCACCACUGUUCCCGCUGCCACUCAGACCCUCACUCCCUCCGUCACCGUCACUGUUACCGCCACUGCCACUGCCACUGUCUGCCCCUGCAGCGCCAGCCAGUCCCUUUGCGGCACCACACCCGACACCUGCAGGGACCUUCAGUCUGACCCCAACAACUGCGGCACCUGCGGUAACGUCUGCGGCAGCGGCGCUUGCUCUGCAGGAAAGUGCCUUCCGUGCGUGCCCCGCAAGUGCGGCACCUUCGCCCUCGGCCGCUGCAACAACGCUGGAACCUGCUAUUGCUUGACCGGCAGCUCAGGCCAAUCCGUGUGUUCUGAUCUUGGUAACGGUAACUGCGGCUCGUACACCAGGUGCACCGUCGACGCCAACUGCGGCUCUGGCGAGAUCUGCACCACGGAUACUUGCUGCACCGGCGGCGGCAUCUGUGUCAAGAGCAAUGUCUGCGGUAACGGACAGAACACGAAGAGGCUGUUUGCUCCCAGGGGUAAGGGAUCCCUUGGUAAGAACGAGGUUCUCGGCACGUUCUAGAUCGGGGAGAACGAGGAGGUUGUCAUGUUGCGAGAUGGAGGGGAGUUAGAGAUGGAGUGUAG